UUAAAAUUCAUCUGAAAAUUAUUUAUUUAAAUAUAUUUUAUACAGUUUUGAUUACAUAGAUGGUGUUGACACACGUGCUUAUAUUAURCUUUUGUUGAAGCUGGCUCAUUUUUCAGGUUAAAUACAGGUCCUUAUUAUUGAUUUUGCUCUCAUUGUUAUUGUUUUUUUUUUUGAUUAUAGGGCUGUUUGCAUAAUAAGGGUAGGGCACACUGACAGGGUGGUAUGGCUCUUUUGUUUCAAAUGAGCAGCCCCCAUUAUUUAGAGCAAGGAUCACACAAUCUGAAGUUUCAAAUCAAAUUUAUUUUCUGAAAUAAUUUAUACUUACAGUUUAAUUUCGCCCAUGUACAGGGGCCUAAUUUCACAAUGUCGCUUGAUGGCCACGACAAGAUGUGCGGGUACCAAAACAGUACAUUCCCCUUGUGCAUCUAUGGAGCUCAAGAUACUUACAGUGCCAGGAUACAAUUUCUCAGAAUCUGGACCACCAACAGCGAUCCAAAUAUUAUAGGCCGUUUUUAUUUUGAUUACCUAUAUGAGGAAAGAGUGUUACCUCAAAAAAUCCGUGUGGAUAAAGGCACAGAGACAGGAGUUAUGGSAACUAUGCAUUGCUUUUUGAGAGCAAAGCAUGGAGAUAUGGAAGAUCCGAGUGAUAGUGUUGUUUUUGGUCCCUCCACGSAAAACAAAAUUGAGAGAUGGUGGAGAGAACUUUUGGAGAGAAUGGAAAGGUUUUUCAAGAAGCAAUUGUCUUCAUUGAUAGAAAAUGGUGACUAUGACUCUAGUGAUGAAAUAGACAGGUCUUUGCUUGCCUACAUCUACAUACCUGUUCUGCAAAAAGAAUUAGAUAUAUUCAGGCAAUCUGUGUGGAACAGUCAUCGAAUUAGGAAACAAAGGAAAAAGGAACUACCUACAGGAGUCCCAGAUCAUAUUUUCAAUUGUCCAGAAGACUAUGGAGGUAAAGAAUGUGGCUUAAAAGUAUCAGAAGAAGAUCUAAGAGAAGUGGCUGAAGUGUCCAAUGUGCUAAAUGGAACAGAUGAUUAUCUAAGUGAAGAUUUCCGUAAGGAAUGUGAAARACAUAUCGCAAACACUGGCAGUAUAGAACCCUCAGAAGCAUCUAACGCAUACUUGUACAUUAAGGCACAUUUCAACAAAUAGUAGUUGAAUUACUAUGUAUUUCUAUGAAUAAAACUAACAAACUUCCCAUCAAUAUAUUCUCAAUUUAUUCUCAAUGGUGCUAGAUCAUUUUAUGCAGCUAUUAGUAAUUUUGACAUGUAGUUGUUGAAGUCAUUCUCAUGCAUUGGAGUCCCAGUGUAAUUGUUACUAUAGAAACACAUUGCUAAUAUCGUGUCUUUUGGACCAGUGUUUCUUCAGUAUGUUUGUAAUGAAAUGAAA